CCUCUUCAUCUAGCAGUCCAAAGCAGAGACUUAGAAAUGAUUAAAAUGUGCAUUGAAUAUGGAGCACAGAUUGAUCUGAAACAGAAUGACAACUGUACAGCUCUUCAUUUUGCUGCUACUCAAGGAGCUACUGAGAUUCUCAAGUUAAUGAUGUCAUCUUAUACAGGAGAGGAAUCUAUCAUUAAUGCAUUAGAUGGAAAUAAGGAAACAUUGCUUCAUAGGGCUGCAUUGUUUGAUCACUGUGAACUGGCAGAGUAUCUCAUUUCAAAG